AUGACGUUUAGCGCAAGGGAGGCAACACUAAAUAAUGAUGAGGAGUGGUUGAACAUUCCAGCCGUUUUACGAAUAUUUUUACGCCAGUUAAACAACGACAUAAGCAACACUCAUUCGUUAUGCGAAGGUUUCCUGAAAUACCAGCGGGAUAAUGACAAAAUUCUUAAGGACAUUAUUUGCAAACAAAGGGAGAAUACCGAUGAAAUGUCUAAAAUAGUGCUUUUGACGCAACAUCGUCGGCAAGAAUCUACAUCGUCUGUCUGUAACACCGUGAAUGGAAUUAUGUGUGAAGUACGUGAUCUGAGGGAGGAGAGCAGAAGGUUGCGCGAUCGCGUCCACAAACUCGAGAAACAGAAACCGAGCGCGUCUACAGGACAAGAAUGCUCAAAUACAGAGGCGGAAGCUCUCUCCAAAAUGAUGAGCCGUGGUUUCGCCGAACUGAGAGGGCAAAUCAGCAAUGAUAGUUCUAGUGUAAGUAGAGAUAUCAACCAACUAAGGGAAGAAAUUGCCCUUGUAUCCAGAAAACAACUUGACCUAUCAUCAAAAUACAGAGAAGAUAUACAAUGUGUAAACGCCGCGUUGCGCCAGCUUGAGAAUUCGGUAUUUGGGGAAAUCAACGCCAUCAAGGCUCAGUUACAGGACCACAGGAAACUGUUGGAUGCAGUUAAUGAAGAUAAUACCAAAGUUAGUGCAGUGGUUUCCAUGCACGACAAAAACGUCUCGGCGCUUAACGACAGACUCGAUACCAUGGUUUCCCUGGUUAGGGACAGCGGGAUAUCUACUGAUGAUCGUUUUGAAACUAUAUUCACCGCCCUAAGAAGGCUCCAAGCUUUAACUGGAAAGCUUUCUACACCGCCCAGUCAAAGCACACUGGCGCAGCGCUCCCUAGCGAGCAUUAUUCAAGAAAUAAGAGGUGCGCAUGAUGUGAUGGCUGUGGAACUAAGAGAUGCAAUCAACCAAAAGUUCGAUGAAGUCACAAAGGAAACUGAUCAACUAAAUAUAAAAGUGGAUGAAAUGCGUCGCGCAACUGGUGAGGUGACUAGGCAAUUAAAUCACUUUGGCGCGCCCAGUGGGGCCAAGGCGAAGAUUGAAGAUGCCUUCCGAAGGCUUGAUGCACUGGAGCUCGUAAUUUCGAAGGGGUACAUUCGAGGAGAGGUUGAGAAUCUACUAGAGGAAUCGAUGAGGCACGAACGAGCCGCGCUCGAAAGAAAAUAUCAAGAUUUGUGUAGUUUGAUAUCAGAACAACAGAUGAAAGCGAGGGAUGAUGUCGGUGACGUGAGACAUGAACUCGAGAACCUGAACAAUAAAUUCGGUAGCGUCUUGAGUGAUGUUAACCGUAAUAGGUACAUGGAUGAAAGGUUACGUUCCGUAAUAGAGAAAGUCGGUAGUCAUGACAGCAGUAUUACGAACCUCCGCGACGAAGUAAAUGCCUUCAAAAAUAUCGUAGGUGUUUACGGCAGUCUGGCAGCUAUGCCUUCAAUGGAUGAUUCAGUGCAUGUCGGCUCCGCCACUGGUAAGGCGAACUGCAGUGCGGUUCAACAUCUCAGGGAGAUGGUUAUGGCCCUAACCGAAAACCAGAUUUGUGAGUUAAAAUUGCUAGUUCAUGGGAAUCAGACCAAAUUGGUUCAGCACGAGGCACAGUUAAAAGAGAUGUUUCGGUUACUUGUCAGUUGUGAAAAUGUUGUGGAGGAGCACACUAAUUCAUAUUAUCGCUUUGUUACUUCCAUGGACAAAAAGCUAUCAGCGGCCUUGUCCAACUCCGCUUUUCUGCGUGAGCAAACAGUGACACUGGGAGCGCAAAGUACAUCUGCAUACCCCUUCAAGGAACCGAGCAGUCCGUAUGGGUGUGUCGAUGAGGGAAAAGGCGCUGAUGCACGUCCUUAUAAUGCGCAACCACCCCACACCCUUUUGUGUGUUCAGGAGCAGGCUUGGGCUACCGAUUCGAGGUUCGGAUCUAUUCAAACCGUUUUAAACGGAUUCGAAAGCAACAUGAAGUUAAUGUCGCAGAGUGUAGCGAGUGUGUUGGAUAGAGUCUGUGCAAAUGAGGAGAAGUUGCGCCGGGACUCUUCUGAUCUUCGAGACGAACAUGAGAAGCUUCGGUCCCGUUUCUGCAUGUUAGAAGAAAAACUUAACACACUGGAAGGUAUUACGUCACUAAACAAAAAGUCUAGUGAUAUGAACGCAUCCGACAUAUUAAAAUUGGGUGCGUCCGUUGAGACUUUGCAUACUGAGACGAAGAAGCUUGAGAAGGCUUUUUUGGGUUGCAUAAGGAAGGCAUCUGAGGAGUGGAGUGACGUUUCGGCGAGCGUGGCUGCGUUCUCCACGUUCCUAGAGAAACAUAAACAUGAAAGGAAUGCAGUACUUGAUAAGUUUGCACCUAUUGAAGGAAGGUUGGUUAUUUGCGAGGAGGAAUUGUCUCGGCUGCGCAGCAGCUGGCUGGGUUUAACAGCACAAUUCGAAGAAACUCGGAGGUCAGUGGAGAACAGCACUCAGCUUGAACCGCGUCCCGAAGGAGAUUGUUCUGUUCAUCAGUCUUCACUUUUGUCACUGGAGCAGCGGAUUGAUUGUGCAGAGGAGAAUCUAGGGGCAGUGCAUACGCUUGUAUCAGUGCAUUUGAACGAUGCGUUAGAUUUUAUGAGAAGUUGUCUAGGGAUGUUAGCAACAGCUGUGGACGAUAUUGACACUAAGCUGUCGGCCCCCCCUUCUUUGCCAACGGCAGACGGUGUGUCAGAUCAACUAGUUACGCUUGGGGGGCGCCUGCAGAGGGUAGAGAACGAGGUAACAGAGUUACGUGGUGGUGGAACAAUCAUUGCUUCUCAGCCAGUUGGUGAUACAGUUUUGGACCGCAUAUUGUCAUUAGAACGGGCUCUCACCGCUUGUUCGGACGGCUUUAUGGAGACAAAAGUGAGUCUUUCUCUCUGCCACGAGCAGAUAAAAUAUAUAGAAAAACACUUAAAGACCGGUGCUGUCCACCACGCAGUGGAAGAGGAGACGACACCAGUAAUAACCGACACUCCAUUAGCGAAAGAUGGCAAUACCACCUUAGGCACCGUUGUGGAGCGCUUAGUGACUGCGGAGGCUGCCGUUUCCGAGGUUCAACAAGGGUUGCUAGCGCAGAGGAAUGACCUUUGCGCUUUGUAUACAAAGUCCCAGCUUGACAGCCGGUUCGAGAGCCUUUGGGCAUCAUUUGUUGCGCUACUCGCACGAAAGGAAGACCAAGAGGUAAUCGAUGAAAAGAUGGUAGACUUGCAGCGUUCUAUCCUUGAGGAUGUCGACGUCCGCGUUGAUACUCUCCGCCGUGAGUUGAACUGUGCCAUUGGCGAGCGCGUGCGCAUCACCGAAGUGCGUGAGUUGCUUCUUGGUUUGAUGGGAUGA